GCCCUAUUGCCAGGAGCGUCCAAGAAGCCCUCGGAGAGCAAGCAUGGGCGCCGGCGCCUCGACCGACAGCACCGGAGAGAUCGUAGUAGGAGACGUCGUGACGUUCCACGUGGAAGACCACCCAAAGCGCGUAGUUGGGAUCGUGGCGGACGUGCAGGAGGACUCGUGCAGCAUACAGGUGUCCAAUGCGGAGGUGCUGGAGGGCAUUCCACGCAGUGAUCUCAAGCGGAUCGCCAAGUGGGACGAGAUCGAGGUGGGCGACCGGGUCAAGGUGAAGGAGCAGGGCUCCCGCUUGUACUACGAGGCCGAGGUGGUCUCGAAGAACGAGGACGGCACGUACAAGGUGCACUUCGCAGAGGUGGACGAGGAGGAGGACAAAGUCGCGGGCGACCGCUUGAUCAAGCUCAUGUCAGGUCGACUGGAGGACAAGGAGUGGAUGAUGUACAAAGAGACAGAGCAUGAGUAG